CACAAUUAUCCUUAACAUAUUCUUCAGCAUUUAGGUUCCCGAACCAGCAAAUAAAAGCAAAGGCAGCGGUGGAAAGUAACAGAUACUCAAGUCAGUUUUAUUUGUAUCACACUUUUCAAACAGUACUUCAAGCUGUUUAAAGCUGCAGUACGGGACUUUUGUCUCCCCCUUCUGGCAGUGAGAGUUAUUACAAAAACACUGCCGACAUGUACUUACGUCACAGGCUCCGCCGUAGCCUACUCCGUUGCUACUGUUGCGGCUAUAAAACGGUUGCUAAAUUGUUUUGAGUGUCAUACAACCCCCUCGAAAUGACUCGUUUCACCGUCAGAAUUUGAUCCAUUCAGUCUGAUAACAUUCGGUAAGUCUAGAAGAAGCGCCGCGCGUUUUAAUUAUUUUAUCUCCAUUCGAGUUAGCAGAUAGCUAACCGGAAGUUAGCCACUCAGCCGGCGGAGGUCUCUAGUGCCCACAGAGCAUGCUCAGUAUGUGUUCAUCCGGCCAGCGCGGGAAUGUCAAACCCGACACCAGAUUAAAAACUCUGAAUACUGUAAAAUACAAAGAAUCAGCAUUGUGUGAACUUGUUUGGCUUGAACAUAACGGACGUUCAUUUAAACAUGUAGGAGAACCUACGGUGGCUGCAAAAACAUGAAAGGACUUUUACUUGUCAUGGAGUAUUUUUACUUUACUGUACUGGUACUUUUACUGUAGUAAAGGAUGUGAGUACUUCUUCCACCUCUGCUGCAGGAAGCCAAGGCAUCAAUUAGUAAUUCAGUAGCCUUCCCUGCAUAUGGCUUCUUAUUAGUGGCCUAAUUUUAUAUCUGACUCAUAUGUCAUAGGUUUCCAGUAACCUUUUAGCUACUGGCCCAAUUUAAAGCAGACUUUGGUCAAAUUUCUCAUCACAGACAGACCACGUGGGUUCCAGUUUGAGCCCACUUAGCUCACAUUUAGGCCUUAUCGGACCCGCACAUUAAAUCCAUUUCAAAACCAUUGAACCCACAUGGCUGUGCUGGCUGGAUAUGGAGCAGCAGCCCCGCAGCUGGCAGCGAUUCAAAGGCUCUUGCUGCUUUCCAAACACUUCAGAAGUCAAAAGUAUAACGGCUCAAAACCCGACGUUGGAGCUCCAGUUGAUAAAUAAACUCUGACUGUAAGAAGAGGUGAUCAUGGGAUGUCACACAAACAUAUAACACUACAAAUAUUAAAUCAAUACUUAAAGGUACAUUCAGGGGCUUAUUUUGAUGAUCCACUGCUGGCAGGAUAUUCCCAAGUCUCAAAAAGACUACAAUCAGCACAUUAUAUUGUACAUUUAUAUAUAUAUAUGUAUAGUACAUCUGUUAUAAUACAGUAUAAUAUAGUUGUAAUCUGGUAUUCUUCUGUCUUAUGGACUGUUAUCUUCUCGUUAUCUUUAGUGUCUCCAAAGGGAAAAACAGUUUAGCUGCAACUAGCGAUUAUUUUCAUUACUGAUAAAUAUGCAGAUUAUAUUCUUGAUGAAUCAAUUCAUAAGUUUGUCUAUAAAAUGUCAGAAAAAAGUGAUAAAUACACGUUAUAACUUCUUAGAACCCAAGGUGACGUCUGCACGUGUCCUGUUUUGUCUAAUCAAGUCCAAAAUAGUCACCAGUUUAUUCACUUAAAAGCUUCAAAUCCUCACAUUUGAGACGCUACAACCAGGAAAUGUUUGGCAUUUUUCCUUUAAAAAAGACAAUUACUCAAUUAUUAAAUUAAUUAAUUUACUCUUAAUCAAUCUGUAUCAGUUAUAAACUACAAUGAACAGUCACUGCAACACACUACAAGAAACAGACAACACUAGAAAAUAAGAAUAGUUUUUAAAAAAUCUGCAUUGUACACAUUGGAAAACUUCAUGUAUUUGUUAUUAUUAUAUAUGUGAAGUAUUUGUAUAACCACUUGUUUGUUUGUAUCUGUUAUGUUUUAAAUCCUACUCAAGGUAAAAUAUAUACUGUAAAUAUAAAAUUUCAGAGUGUUAACAUGUAAAUAUGUGCGUAGUGAUAUUUCUGACUGUAAUCUGCAGUGUUUUCAGUGCAUGAAGCUGAUGGAGGUCGACCUGCUGGGGGGGUGGGGGGGUUCUGCCUGAUGAAGACGACCAGAGUGAUGAAAGGAAAAGCUUCUGCACAGGUGAUGGAUGUGUCCGUCACCUGAGGGCGCUCUGCUGGGCUGCUGUGACAGACAGACUGCAGCGUAAAGAUAAUGAACCACAUGUUAGUCUGCAGAGGACGGCUGUUUACUUAUCUGACCGUCUGCUGACGUGAUGCGGCUGAACUUCAGUGUGAUGGAGUCCACAGUAACUGACAUGCACACGUUUCCACAUAAACAUUUUAUCACAAAAUACUGCAAACAUUGUAGUAGUAGUAAUAGUGUUACUAGGAAGAAGUAAUAGAUAAUUACCUUAUUUAUCCUGGGGGGAAUUCAUGAGUCGCAGCAGCUCAAUACAACCAAGAGAUAAUAAACAUCAUCUAAUGAAGAAAAAACAAAAAUUCAAGUUGCAAUGACUAAAAAUGAUGAUACAAAACUGUUGAUGCUGUCAGAUGACUGGAUGUCCUUUUAGGUAAAGUAUUUAAAACAAGUGCAGUACACGCUGAAAAAACCCAAGAUAAAUAGAUCAACCUGAAAGUUACAAAAAUUAGCUGAUUUACAAAAAACUGUGCAAAAUAUGCAGACAUGGUUAAACAAUGUGGAGAGAAGAGAGAAUGCAGUUAUUACUAUUUAUACAGAUGUGGAAUAUAAACUAAUAUAUGGACACAUAAUGAAAUUUAACAGAUGGAAGUUAAACCAAUUAAAGGGUGUUCAAUGAGCAGGUCAAAUAAUUUAUACAUAGUUUUAAAAAAAAAAAACUCCACUUACUAGCCUUUUCCGGAGCUUUCAGAGUUUGCUCAGUUUUCAUGGAGAAGCUCAGUAGUUGUGAUUUAAUCCAUCACAACUUUAGGACUUCUCAUCCAUGUUGGCUCAAAGAUUAAUUUUACUGAGGAAUCUUCUGUGAAAAUGGUUAACUAGCGGCUAACAGUACUGAUUUUGUUGUCAAAGCUAGUAGCUAGCAUAAAUACUGCUAGCUAGAUACACAGGAUAUGAGACUAGUUUGGUCAGUUUUACUUGUCUGCUAGUUUAGUUAGUUAGAUGUUUUGGUUGAUGUUAGUUAAAUUGCUGCUAACUAGCACUAUGUUGAGCGUUAGCUAGCAUAAAUACUGCUAGCUAGAUACACAGGAUAUGAGACUAGUUUGGUCAGUUUUACUUGUCUGCUAGUUUAGUUAGUUAGAUGUUUUGGUUGAUGUUAGUUAAAUUGCUGCUAACCAGCACUAUGUUGAGCGCUAGCUAGCAUAAAUACUGCUAGCUAGAUACACAGGAUAUGAAAUAAGUUUGGUCAGUUUUACUUGUCUGCUAGUUUAGUUAGUUAGUUGUUUUGGUUGAUGCUAGUUAAAUUGCUGCUAACCAGCAUGAUGUUGAGCACUAGCUAACGUUAGCUAACUUUACAUUGCACCAGUUUCACUGUCAGAUCCUCCCCAACUAUCUCCACUUUUAAAUCCCAGCUAAAGACUCAACUUUAUACAGCUGCCUUUCAGUCCCCUUCAUUUAUAAUAUGCUGAUAAAUCAUUCUAAUCUUGUCUGUUACAGUUACUUAUCUAUUUAUUUUUGUUUUAAUUAUUUAACUGUAUUAUAAGUUUCUCUUGUUGUUUUUAAAUGUGCCCUAUAAAUCAAUAAAUUAGACGUGACUAAUGUUAGUUACACGUAGCUUAGCGGUUAAGUCACUGCUAGCCACCAGCUAUAUGUGUCUGUUCAGCUGCCUGACAAGAGCAUUAACGUUCAUUCUUGACCUCAGAAAUAGAAGUCUGACUAAACAUCCACUGAUGAAGAGAGUGUGACAGGGUUGAAAGAGGACCUUGAGUAGUGAUUGUUUGGCACAGCAGCCCCGUCUUUACAUGCUUGGUUAGCAGAACAGCUUCAUCUCUGAAGCCUGAAAUUCACAUAGCAAAUCGUGUCGACCGCAGAGAUCUAACUGCUCGCCAGCUUCCUUCCUUCCUUUGUGAGUGUGUGUGUGUGUAUGUGUGUGUUUAAGUGUGUGUGAGGUCAUGUCGGGCAUGACGAGCGGCGUGUGCGUGGAGAGCGACCUCUCCUCGAUGCUCCAGAGAAGCUCCGCCCCCUCGCACCAUCACCCUAAUCACCAUGGUUACGGCGGACAGGGACAGGUGUCGAGUCUGGCGCCGAUGCUGGACUACACCACCGAGAUGGACCGUUACCGCUCGUCCAUCGCCAGCUUCUACAAGACCAACGUCAACAUGAACAUGAACGUCACAAACUUCCCUCAGUCGGCCAAACUGGCGGCCCGUUUGGCAGCCGCCGCUCCCAUCUUCCCUCCCGCCGCCACCAGUCUGGGCGCCAUGGCGACGGCGCCCUGGGGUUGCCACGACAACAUGAACAUGAACGUGAACAUGAACCACCCGGCGGCCAUGUUCUGGGGUCGGCCCAAACCGGUGGCGACCGCGCCGACGCAUCACCACCACCACCAUCAUCACCACCCGUCUGCAACGGCGGCGGGUCACAUAACCUCCUCGCACCCCCACAGUACCAGCAUGCACCAGGGCGGCGGGAGGUCGGGAGGGGGAGGAGGAGGAAGUGGGGGGAGCAGUGAGGGGGGAGGAGCUGAAAAACAUGGACAUACUGCCCCCUCACUUCCUGUCACACAAGGAACAGCACACCAUCACCCCAUGGCGCCUAGCAACGGAAACUUCCUCCCUGGUUACGGUGGCGGGGCAGACUGUGGCGUCAUGAACAAGCAGGGACACGCCCACCCGGACAUGAUGGGCCUAUCAGAGGGAGGGAGCUGCAAUGGGGGAGGGGUGAUGGGUGGUAGCUUCCUGGGGGGGCUGGGAUUACCCCCUGGGGUUAUUGUCAUGGCGAUGGGGUCGGCAGGGGGCGGGAUCUCAGACGCCGGCAGCGCCUUCCAGAUGACGGGCGGCCAGCGGGCGCUAACAGACUGCCAGCAGCACGCCAACUCCUCCCCCUGCCCCUCCUCCUCCUCGCCCUCAUCGUCAGGGGUGACGGCAGGGGGCGUGGCCUUGUCGUCGUCGUCAUCGUCGUCGUCGGGGGCCGUGGCCAAGAGAAAGAGGAAGCGGUGUGGCGUGUGCGGGCCGUGCAGGCGGCUGAUCAACUGCGGUGUCUGUUCGUCCUGCCGCAACAGGAAGACGGGUCACCAGAUCUGCAAGUUCAGGAAGUGUGAAGAGCUGAAGAAGAAGCCGGGGGGAGGAGGGGGGGUGCUGGAGCGGCCGCCCUCCGUCCCGACUGGCGAGGCAUUUCGUUGGUUCUUCUAGGCUUCCCUCGCCGCCAACAGAGUCGCAGCUAGAGGCCGAACAGGAGGUCACCAUCGCAUACGGACUACAAAUUAGGCUUGGAUACAUUUUUAAAAAGGGACUACAGCUGGUUUUGAACCAGAUGAUUUGCAACAGGAUUACAAUUUCAUACUGUGUGGAUGACAAUUUAAGUCUACAAAUCCCACCUCAACUGGAACAGGAAACCAGCUCAGAGGACAGAAGACGAGGGGACAGUUUGGUCACAGCCGGUCAGAAUUUGGUGUUUUUCCUGAACUUGUUUACCAGUACAAGUUGUUAACUUGUUUUAAAUUCAGCUCCUAAACUCAGUUCCUAGACAGAUGCACACAGGGUGUCUGGAUGCUAGCAAGCUAUGGCUAACUGGCUAGAAAUGCUACCAGUCUGUCUUUGUACAUGUUAGCAUCACAGAAGGCUACAGUAAUCAGGUUACAGUUAUUAAUUUUGACAAUUUUAAAAACAGUGUUUACAUCAGAGACAUCAGAUAUAACCUGGUUCACUGCCAGAGCUUUGUAGGUGGUAUUAAGAAUGGGAACGUCAUCUUCCUACAUAGCUAGCCACCUAGUGACAGAAAACAUGCAACAAGCGUGGAUGAAAUGGACACAGCUGUACAAGUUGUAGGUAGUCAACUUACAGAAUAAAUGUCUCUUAAAUCGACUUUGAUCAAUGUGGAAAAAAUGAUAACUGCUCCUAGCAACAGCUACAGCAGCUUCUGUGUCAACUCAAAAUUAUUAACAGUUACUGAUUGGUUAGAACAAAACAAAACAAAAUAACCCCCCUCCCAACGAGAAAUUUGUAAACAUAAAAUGGAAAUUCAGUCUGACUAUCAGGCAAAGAUAGACAUAUAUGGGUAAUAAAAUGACAGUUAGUGACACUGACAACUUUUUAGAUUUAGUUCGUAGAUCUAAUCUAAGAUAUGAGGUACUAAACACAACAUUCAAUUUUAAAUCAGUUUUACUAUGUUUGGGAAGCACUGAACGCAACCAUCUGCCCUUAAAGCAGCUAUAAUGGAUAUUUUUCACAACAGUAAUAUCUUAUCUGUCAGUGUAAUGUGUUGGUUGUGUCUCAUAGUGAUGAACCUACAGAGAAUUAUUAGUGACUCUGCAGCUCCUCUCGGCUU